AUGAACAAGAGAAUAACAGUUGCAGAGUUCAAGGAUAAAGUACAUGCAGAGCUGAAUGUAAACAUUACUAAAUCUCAAGUUUAUAAAACAUUCAUGAAGGCAAAAAUUUUGAUCCAUGGGAGCUAUAAAGAUCAGUACAACAGAUUGUGGGAUUAUUGUGAUGAACUAAUGAAGGCAAAUCCUGGUUCUACAGCACUGAAGAGAGGAUUUAAAUCUGGUUGUAGGAAGAUAAUUGGAGUUGAUGGUUGCCACUUGAGAGGUCCACAUCCGGGUGUAUUAUUAACUGGAGUUGGAAUAAAUUCAAAUGACUAUGUUUAUCCAGUUGCAUACGCAGUAGUUGAAGCAGAAAAGAAGAGAUCGUGGAAGUGGUUUAUUGAAUUCUUGAAAUAUAAUCUAUCAAUCAAUGAUCAAAGAAAUUGGAGAUUCAUAAGUGAUAAACAGAAGGGUUUAGGAUCUGCAAUUCAGAAAGUCAUUCCUGAUGUUGAGCACAGACAGUGUAUUGAGUGUUUAAGGGAUUAUGAUGUAGCUGCUUGGAAGUGGUUAAAUGACAAUAGCUCUCCCUAUCACUGGCCAAGAUCAUACUUUCGAGUAGCUGCCAAGUGUGGCAUUCUCCUUAAUAAUUUAUGUGAAAGCUUUAAUUCGGUCAUAAUGGAUGCAAGGGAAAAGCCAAUCCUUGGAAUGCUUGAGACUAUUAGAAUCUAUCUAAUGGAAAGGUUUCGUACAAAAAGGGAAUGGAUAAAGAAGAUGAGUGAUAAGAUCUGCCCAAAAAUUCAAAAGAAACUAGAGAAGGCAAAAACAGAAGUAGCUGCAAACAUUGCGAGAUGGUCUGAACAAGAUAAAUUUGAGGUUACACACAUGUAUAGAGGCCAAGAGCUAGAAAGUCUUGUUCAUCAUUACUACUCACGAGACAGUUACUUGAAGGCUUAUGAGCCAGCAAUUGUUUCUUUGAGUGGGCAAAAUGUUUGGGUGCAAUCGGAUAAGGAUCCUAUCUUAUCAUCCUUGAAGUUGAAGUUACCUGGUCGGCCAAAGAAAGUAAGAAGAGAAGAGCCUAGGCCUAAUUCGAAGGGGGCUACCAAACUUUCCAAAUCUGGCCUUAUUAGAAUGACAUAUAAAAAAUGCAAUCAAAAGGGGAAUAUAGUGAGAAAGUGUCCACUGCUGGUACCUCCUAAUGAGUUUGGUGCAUCUAGCAAUAAGAGGCCACCACCGUCCAACUCCAACAAGUGUAGCAAAUGCAAGGCACUUGGCCAUAACAAAAGAACUUGUCCACAAAAUCUCGUGACAAGGGAGAAUGCUACAUGUGAAUUACCCCCAAAACCUGGUGAUAAAGCGCAGGCUGCUAUUGAUGAACAAGAGGUUAUUGAUUUAUAG